UGGACGACCGAUCCUUACGGAACCCGACCUGUUGAUCUCGAAGCUAAGUGUCCACUGAAUCAUUCAUCUGAUUCAGCAACACUGUUGGAAACGUUUGCUGGCUCGAAUGGUAGUAGGAUGCCUCUGUGGUUCUCACAUUUACUGAGGUUUUCUUUCUUUGGUAUCUUGAUGAGGUAUUCUUCUUUCCAUUCUGUCGGCAUUUGUUGCUCCUCCUAAAUCUUUCAGAAUAGGAUGUGAAGCAUGUUUUCAGUUACUUCAAUAUCUGACUUCAGUGCUACAGCUGGUAUAUUGUCAGGUUCUACUGCUUUCCCACAGUUGAUCUGUCUGCCAUCCUGAUUUUUUCUAUUGUUGAUGGAGUGGCAACCAUAGGGAUGUGCGUGUGUGCUGCUUCGAUGUCUGGUGGGUUCAGUGGUAUUGGUCUGUUCAAAGGUUCUUUAGAGUGUUCUCAGGUUUCCCUUCACUUUCAACUCUCUCCACUCUCGUCGCUAGAUGUUCUACAUACUUCCGUCUAUCAGUUCUAAUGCUGCUCUUCACUCGCUUGUUUGCCUGUGAAUUUGGCUUCUGUCUUGACCUUCUCUAUUAUUGUUUGGUUGUUGUCGACUACUGUCUUCCUGUUCUUACUUUCUUGAAUCGUGCGUAGGAUAUCAACAGAAAUCCACCCUUUAUGACAAUGCUUCUUGCGACGCAGCACCUCCUGUUGAAUGGCUUGCUUCUUAACUGUGAUUCCCAAAACAACUGAAGUGAGAUCAUGGAAAUUUCAGGAAAACACAUAGUAUGAUAUGAGGCCAAAACUUCCAAAAACUAUUUCAGCAUGGCAGCUGAUGAGCUUUUUACCACCUGGUGCAGCGGACAUCACAUCUGAAUUACACUUCACAAGGACCAGACGUAUGCCCAAUAUAACUCGUCCAGACCAAUUACUUAUUAAGGUUAAAGCGGCAUCGUUAAAUCCUGUAGAUUCUUUGCUUGUCUAUGGUUAUGGUUCUUCUAGCUUUAAUUUAUUACGUCGCUUUACAUCAAACUAUGGUUGCUUUGGUCUACCUGAUGCCACAACAGCAGAAAAUGCUGACUUUCCUUUUACACCUGGUCGUGAUUUUUCUGGUCAAAUAGUUGACAUCGGUUCAGAAGUUGCUUUAUCCAACCUAAACAGGCAAAAUAAACUUAUUAUUGGUACAAAUGUGGCUGGCGCUACAUGGCCUUUUCUCAGUACUACCGGAUCUGGUUCAUUAGCUGAAUAUAUUGUCUGUCCAGCCGAUUAUGUUGCUCCAUUACCUAGUAAUGUUUCUUUCAUAUCUGCAGCUGCAUUAGGAUAUGCUGGUUUAACUGCAUGGUCAGCUUUAGUUGAUGCUGGUGGAAUCGACCCUGUUAGUAAGUCAUCAUCAUCAACUUGUUCAAUUCUUAUAACUGGCGCCACUGGUGGUGUUGGCUUUAUUGCAGCACAAUUGGCUAAACUUUGGGGUUGGAAAGUUCAUGUCACAUGUCCAAGUGAUAAAAAGGCAUUAGAUUUAAUGAAUGUUUUACAAGUUGAUGAAAUAUUUCCACAUCCAUCAAAUAUUCAAACGACAAUGAAAUAUGAUUUAAUUCUUGAUUGUAUUCGACCGGAUUAUUUGAAUACAACAACUUCAUUCACCACAUUAUCAUCAUCAUCUUCAUCAUCAUCGAAUACACACUUGAAACAAUAUAAUUUAAUUGAUCAUUUAUUACCUCAACUACCAUCUAUGUUAAUUUAUUUAAAUACAUCAUCAAAUCGUACACGUUAUAUUAUGCUUAAUCCACCAUUAUUAUAUUUAAAUGAUUAUUAUGGACCAUUUAUUGGUAGUGGAAUAGCAUAUUCCCAAUUAUUGUAUAGUAAUAUUGCAGCAUUAUUCUCUAACAAUAAUGUUUAUAAUACUAAUUUAAAUAAAAUACGUUGGGUAUUUUUUAAACCAAAUAAUAAAGUAUUAAAUUAUCUUUUAAAUUUAGUUUCAAAUAAACAAUUAAUAAUACCAGUGGAUACGGUUUAUCAAUUUAAUCAUGUACCAGAUGCAUUUCAUCGACUGUAUACAAAAGGUAAACGUGGUAAACUUGUAAUUGAAGUAAAUAAUUAA